AUGGGCAGACGCUCUAGCGUCGAUUUGGGCCAGCCAGCCAGCGUUGAAGUCGACUUCGAGCGCGGCGGACGAGUCGAUGGUGCGGAGGGUAUCGCCUGUCCGACGUGGUGCGAGUUCAUGGAGGACUCGCUCCACCACCCAGAGUGGGGCUACUACUCGGCUGCCCGCGUCGUCUUUGGCGAGUCGUCUGACGCCGCUGACUUUACCACCUUUCCCGUCUCGAUGCGGCCCGCGUUUGGCGCGAUGAUCGCGGACCGGCUCCACGGCCUCUGGCUCGCCGCCGCCGGCGGGAGCGGCCCGUUUGUUGUCUGCGAGCUCGGCGCUGGCACCGGCGUGCUCGCCCAUGACGUGCUGACGCACAUGGCCGACCACCUCCCGCGCCUGUACGCCGUCGUGCAGUACGUGAUCGCGGAGCGAUCGGCGUCGCUGCGCUCGCUGCAGGCCGCAACCAACGAGCGCUUCGUGUGCGAGUCGAAGCUGCGAGUCGUCUGCGCCGACGCGAGAGACUUGGGCGGCGCGCGGCUGCGGCAGGAGCUGCAGGCCGCCGCGGCUGCACACUGCGCCUCUGGAGGCGAGGGCGAGGUUGCGCGUGUGCGGGGCGCGGUCCUCUCGAACGAGCUCCCCGACGCGUUUGGGGUCGAGCGCGCGCUUGUCGGCGCAGCGCUGCCGCGUGCCACCGCCGCCGAGGGGAGCAGCGCAGGGGCAGCGAGGCCGGCAGAGCUCCGGCUGCAGCGUGGCAGAGCUCGCGCCGCCCUCUCCGCCGCCCUCGGGCGGGGAGAGUGGGAGCUCGGGCUCGCAGGCAGCCAGCUGCUGGGCGAGGGCAGCCAGCUGCUGGGCGAGGCGGCGGACGCCCUGGACGAGUGGCUCGGCGGGGAGGGAGAGGGCGAGGGGGAGAGGGAGGGCGAGGGGCUUACUGCGCGCUCAAGGGCCGCUGCUGCCGGGCGGCGGCGGGGGUCAGCGAGGCUGCCGACGCGAGCGCACGGGGGGCAGAGGGCGGCGGCGCUGGACCGCGCAUUGGUCCUCGGCGAGGCGUUCGAGGACGUUCGGCUGUCCGGCGAGGACGACGCGGGCGACGCCGCCGUCGACGAGGAGGCGCACCACCUCCGCAGAUGGCUGCGCCUGCACGCGCCGCCGCUGCGCGCCGCCUUGCGGGGCCGGCCGGUGGGGGAGCGGCUCGAGCUGUACCCGAGCCCCGCCUUGCCUCGCCUCGCCGCCGGCCUCGCCAGCCUCCUCGACGAGGGGGGCGUCCUCACAAUCGACUACGGCGCCGACGCGGCGACGCUGAUUCGGUCGGCGCGCCGCGUCCCGCCGCGGCCGCCGCGAGCGGGCGUUGCCGCGGCUAGCCGCUCCUCCGCCUCCAACGUUUCCGAGCCCUCCGCCUCUGCCUCCGCCGCCGCCGCCGCCGUUUCUACCCGCGCCGUAUCCUCGGGGAUGCGGGUGCGAUCCCGGCUGCCGGCGCCACCGGGCCAUGGCGCGGCGCUCGCGCUCCGCCGCCCCGGCUGGUGCGACCUCACUGCCGAUGUCGACUUCACCGAGCUCGCCGCCGCCGGCGAGGCACGCGGGCUGGCCACGCUCUUCUUCGGCCCGCAGACCGCGCUCGAGCGAGUGCCGUCGGAGACGUCGCACCUCGCGCCUAGGGCCGAGGUGGAGGAGGCGGAGGGGGGGGGGGAGGCGGAGGGGGUGGAGGAGGCAGCGCCGCGGGUGCGCGUGACGGACGGCUCGCCGCCGCUGCGCCGCGGAGUCUGCGAGGCCUUCUACGCGCUCGGCACCUUCGUGAUGCUCGUGCAGGCGGAGAGAGAGGCGACGCCGCGCGUGGCGCAGCGCUGGCGCUGGCGCGUCGCCUCCUCGGCCUUGUACGGCGGCGGCCACCCGUCCCUCGGCGCCAUGGCGGCAUUGCACACGCUGCGCUCGCUAGAUGCCUCUCGGAGUCCCGGCAUUUUUCCAACUAGCACUCGAGACGGCAUGCACUCGGCUGCAUUCCAACGCAGUGCCGUCGCAUUUGCCUCCUCAGCUCGCGCAUUCUCGUCCACUAGUUUGCGCUCGCUCGCGAGGCUGGCGCUCGGGCACGCCCUCCUCCUCCUCGGCCGCGGGGACGCUGGGCGGAGGAAGGGUGGGGGCGAGGACUGCGAGGACGGCGCUGCGCCCUCCCUCCCGACAGAGAGGGACCUGGUCGCGUCGCUUGCAGACGCGCUCCUCCCCGCGCUGCCCUGCUUCCGCCUUCACUGGCGCGCCAUCGCGCGAGGCGUCCUCCUCCUCCUCGAGGCGUCGGGGCCGGGGGCGGGCGGGGCGAGUCUCCGCCUGAACGCAGCUGCUCAGCGCCUCGAUCGCGCCGAGCCGCCGCUCUCGCUGCUCUACCGCGCCGCGCUGGAGCUGGCCGCACACGACAUGGCGCUGAUGGCCGGAUGA